UUUCCUCGAUCGACGUCUGUUCGCCCUGCGGCUUUCGAGUUUCGAAUUAAUCGCGCUCAGACGCCAACGGGAUAAGAAUCUCGAACAUGGACCGAUUCAGAAACCCCACGCCAUCUUUGGCAUUGUCUAUCGGCCUGGUACUCUCUGCAAAAGGCGCUGCUGCACACGGAGGACACAAUAUGGAGAAGAUAGUCGAUGGCGAAGCUAUGAGCGUGGAUCCGAUAGAUUCGAUACUAUGGAUUCACAUUCUGCUGAUGAUGUUGUCCUUUGGCAUCAUCUUCCCAACUGGGAUGGUUCUUGGGAUAGUGCGGAAUCGAUGGCACGUCCCGGUACAAGUCUUGGGAACGGCGAUUGCAGUGGUGGCAUAUUUUCUGGGUCACUUGCAUAAGGGGAAGGCAUUCGCGAAGAAUAUCCAUGCCGGGUUCUCGAAUUGGCUGAUGUUGAUGUCGGGCGUCCAAAUCGUCUUCGGCAUCUACCUCAAGUUCCACAUCACGAAGGGGUUCCAUGGGAAGAUUCGGAAAGUGGCCGUGGUGGGGCACGGAGUUGUAGGAAAGCUUAUGCCAGUUGUGGCCUGGGUGCAGAUGCUUUUUGGUGGCAUCACAGCUUUGGGAUACUGCCGGGAUGAUCAUUUGGGACAAUGUCUUGCCCACUUCAUUAUGGGAAGUGCCUUCAUCGGAUACGGAAUUGUUCUUACGAUCAUCAUGCUAGUGGGUCAGGCAUGGUUGAAGAGGACAGGCCGAUCACAGGAAUUCUUUGACUCCCUUCUCAUCGCUGCGUGGGGCUGCGUCAACACUUUCACUGAACACCGAUGGGGAGGUGCCUGGGUUGCAAAUGAUAUCCAGCAUACAACUAUGGGCGUGAUUUGGUGGUGUGCAGGUCUGGCUGGUGUCUGGCUGAGCAGAAAGCGAGACGGAGGGCCAAAGAGAAACUUCAUCCCAGGUUUCGUCAUCUUGAUUACUGGCUGGGCUAUGUCUGCACAUCCUCAGCAUCUGCUGCUCAGCACAAUGGUUCAUACCGUAUUUGGAUAUACUCUGAUGGCCGCUGGUUUGACAAGGAUUAUCGAAGUUUCCUUCGUGCUCAGGGAUGCGAAUACCAUCUCAGAGGAUGGCGAUGCCAACAGCUUCCAAUAUAUCCCUCCUUUCUUACUCUAUGCCUCCGGAUUCCUUUUUAUGGGCGCCACCGAAGAGCAAAUGCAGCUCAUUUCUGACGCGGGGAUAACUCACGUCUCCUACGUCCUCGUUCUCUACAGCUUUGCCUUCCUCAUCUUCCUGUUUACCAAUAUGCUCCUCCAUCUUUACGCUGUCAAUUCGACUCCAGCCGUGCCACCAAAAGAUACCGACAGGACAGCAAGAAUGCCGAGGAUGAAUGGGCAUGCCAGGGCCACAGACUCGAGACAAAUUCGAGAUGCGGAGGAGUUUGAGCUGGAAGGGUUGAUGAGUGAUGAUGAGCAUCCAGAGAGUCCCAGUACGCUAGGAAAGAAUAAUGACACGAGGGUUGAAUAGGGUGUUUCUCCUGUUAUGGGGUGGACAAAGUAUACAGGGCUUUUGACUGCUCUUUGGGACAUGCAUUCAUCGGCGUAUAAAGAUGGGAUGCAUUUGUACAUAUGAGGUAUGGGUAAUUAUAUAUUAAUUUACUGCAGCCUUACAUGAAAUAAAC